ACCCUCUCCUCUCCUGUACCAAGUGCGCGCUUUCACCUCUCUGCUCAUGUUGGCCGAUUAUUUUUCAAUAUAUUUCUAGAACUCGCCCACUUCCUUAACCAUUCUUCUCCAAUCCACAAUGGAUUUCUUCAAAUCAGUAUUCGCAGACGAACCGGAUUCUCCUAAAUCCGAAUCUAAAUCCUCCUCUGAUCAACCGCCAUUGGACUCAGAUCCCAGCUCCCCACCAAAACUGCCAAAUCCUAACCUUGACCAUACCGAUGCUGGGACCAGCACUGCUGCUGCCGGUGGUGGUGGUGGGUGGAGCUUUGGAGGUCUAAUAAAAAACCUAAGUAUCAAAUCCGAAUCCGUCAUUGAAAUCUACCGUCGUGAUCUGGAGGAAUUUGGGUCCGGUCUUAAGAAGGAGAUCGAGGUGGCCCAUGGAUCCCUAGAGACCGUGGGGAACGCCAUUGACGAGGUUGGUAGUUCCGUAUUGAAAAGUACAGCUCAGAUAAUUUCACAGGGCAAAGAGGCAAUCCUCUCCGUCGAUCAUGAAUCCGAUUCGUCUGAUAAUGAUAACAAGAGGAGUAUUACUAGUCAGCAAAGCUUGAUUUCGAAACCAUAUAGUCGUUUUGAUGCUCAGGUACGGGCGAUUCAAGGUGAUGAAAGCACGUACACUGAGGAGUCGCAGGAUUUGGAUGAUUAUAAGAAAUGGAAAUCAGGGUUUGAUUUGGAGGAGAAGAGAGAGGAGGUUGAAAACUUGUUACAGGAGAAUGGUGCUGUGGAGAGUAUAUACAAAAGGCUUGUGCCCAAUAGUGUUGAUGAGGAGACAUUUUGGAGUAGAUACUAUUUUAAGCUAUAUAAGCUCAAGCAAGCCGAAGAUGUGAGAGCUAAUAUUGUCAAGCGAGCAAUUUCGACAGAAGAGGAGGACUUGAGUUGGGAAUUUGAUGAUGAUGAGGAUGAAAAGGAAGAUGAGAGGAAUGCCACUUCGAAGGCCAAUUUGCUGGAAAAUGAUGAUUUGGGGAGCAAAGAUUCUACAAAAGUUACAAAAGAUGAGGAGAAGGAUGUGCAUUAUAAACAGUCUGAGCAAAUUGUGAAGGGUGAUGAAAUUAAUAAGGCGGAUAGUGGGGAGUCUGAACAAACUGUGAGUAUGAAGGGGGAAAUCUCAGUUGUGGAAUCGAAGGGAGAGACGAUAUUCAGUGGCGGUGACAAAGACAAUGUAGCCAGUGAUAAAGUGGAUUUGGAGAAGAGUAAGGAAGAGACACUAUCAAAAUCUGACGAGAAAUGGGGAUUAGAAGGGAAAGGUGAUAACGGAGAAUCUUCUAAAGAGAGUGAUGUUUCUGUUAUAUCCAGCCAUUUAUCAAUGCCAGAGGAGGAAGAUCUUGAGUGGGAUGAGAUUGAGGAUCUGAGCAGCAUCGAUGAGAAGAAAGUGAGUUAUACUGGAAGUCCAAACAAGAAUGAUUUGCGGAAGCAGUUGAGUGCUGCAGAAGAAGAGGAGGAUUUAAGUUGGGAUAUUGAAGACGAUGAUGAACCAGUAAAAUCUUGAAACAAACUUGUAAAUUGAAAAGUUAUUUCAAUGUCUAAUUACCACAAUUUGUUUAUGGAAGUGUCAUAUAGAGUAAGGAGGAUUCUUCUUUUUUGGGGUUCUUUUGAACCUUGAAAGUGCUAAUAUUGUUUGCAAUUUUGUUACUUGAAGUUGAAACAAGUCUGUCUAUUGCAACAGAUCCUGUUAUUAAUUUGUGUUCAGUAAAGCACUAGAUUCCUUAA